AUGGAUUUCUUAUGGGCUCAGCGUCAUCGAACCUCGGAUUUGAUGGGUACAGUUUUGAAUGUGCACUCGGGAGAUUGGGUCCGAAGAGAAAGUGGAAUAGGUGCGGGCAUUGACUCUUAUUAUGAAUACUGUCUCAAGGCAUACAUUCUUCUUGGUGACAAAAGUUUUCUGGAGAGAUUCGAUCGCCAUUAUGAAGCUGUGAUGCGCUACGUCAAUAAGGGACCGCUGUUUGUGGAUGUACACAUGCAUAGACCUACGGUGGCUACGCGUUCCUUUAUGGAUGCUCUUCUGGCGUUUUGGCCCGGCUUACAGGUUUUGAAAGGUGAUGUGAGAAGAGCAGUUGAGAUGCAUGAGAUGCUUUUUCAAGUAGUUAGGAAACACAAGUUCCUACCUGAGGCCUUCACUCACGAUUUUCAAGUACAUUGGGGCGAGCAUCCCAUUCGCCCUGAAUUUAUUGAAAGCACGUAUUUCCUAUACCGAGCAACGAAGGAUCCACACUAUCUCGAUGUUGCCAAGCAGGUGAUGGAGAGUAUAAACGAGUUCGUUCGAGUUCCCUGCGGAUUUGCUGGGGUAAAAGACGUGCGCACUAUGUCGCAUGAAGACAGGAUGGACUCAUUUGUCCUUUCGGAGACAUUCAAGUACCUGUACCUGAUUUUUGCGGAACCGACAGAUCUGCCGUUUGACCCUGAUAAUUACGUGUUAACGACUGAA